AUGUCUAUGUGCAGUACUACACCACCUCCGGCUUGUUCGUACCUCACAGGUGGCUGUAUUGACAUUUCUGCGACGUCUUUUCUGGAGAAGAGAAGUAAAUUUACAGAAGUGACCUGUGAGUCCUUUCCUGCAGGACAGAAAACACUGAUUGUGAAGACCUGCUAGCUUAAGGAUAGCUAGCUAACUAACUAUUAGCUAUCCACCAGCCACUGCCUGUUAGCCGACGGAGUUGAGCGUCUGCACCUGGUUAAAACCAAGGCAGCCACAGGUGAAUCAGAAUGGCCCAGGGGAUACCAGACGAGGUGAUGAUGAAUACUUCACUGAUCAAAGACCUGGCGGAUGUGGCAAAAGAUUCAGCGCUUCUGCAGGGUGUCCUAAUGAGGAUCGAAGAGACUCCCAACGCAUCGGAGUUGGUGACUUACGCCCCAUUCACACUCUUUCCCACGCCCGUGCCUAAAGAUGUGUUCCUCCAGGCUCUGGCUGUGCAAACUUACUACAACACACUGGUGGACCAGAUCAGCCGGGAUACAGACUUUCUGCGAGACGCUCUUGCCAGCACCAUUGCAGUGGAUGAUUUCACUGCGAGGUUGUUCAGGAUCCAUGAACAGAUCCUGAAAGAAGGAAGGUCUCAGUCUAUCGUGUUGGGCCUCAACCGGUCUGACUACAUGCUGGACCAGAGAGAGGACGGGACGUCGUCCCUAAAGCAGAUAGAGAUCAAUACCUUUGCUGCUAGUUUUGGGGGUCUCUCAUCUCGCACGCCAGAUGUACACCGACACAUCCUUAAGGUGGCCGGCCGGCUGGAGGAGAGCCAGCGCAUCCUAGACAACAACCCCGCCGCUGGUCUGGCCGGAGCAGUUGCUAAAGCCUGGGAGCUCUAUGGAUCAGAGAGGGCGGUCAUCAUGUUCUUGGUGGAAGAGAGCCAGAGGAACAUCUUUGAUCAGCGAUACAUUGAGAAUGAACUGUGGAAGAGAAACAUUCCCACAAUAAGAAAACGGUUUGACGAUGUGUGUAAAACUGGAUCCCUCGAUCAGGACAAGAGGCUGUUUGUUGAUGGCCUGGAGGUCGCAGUGGUGUACUUCAGGAACGGCUACAUGCCUCAGAACUACGUCUCUGAACAGACUUGGGACGCUCGUCUUCUCAUGGAGCGCUCUCUGGCUGUGAAGUGUCCAGACAUCAGUACUCACCUGGCAGGAACCAAGAAGGUCCAGCAGGUGCUCGCAAGACCUGGAGUCCUGGAGAAGUUCUUCCCCGACCAGCCUCAGGUAGUGGAGCAGAUCAGAGCGACGUUCGCCGGCCUCUACACUUUAGACAUGGGUCCAGAAGGUGACAAAACUGUGGCAAUGGCUCUGGCAGCGCCGGACAGGUUUGUCCUGAAGCCUCAGCGAGAAGGUGGAGGUAACAACAUCUAUGGAUCAGAGAUCUGCCAGGUGCUGGAGGGAAUGAAUGAGAGCACAGAGAGGAUGGCCUUUAUUCUGAUGGAUAAAAUCCAUCCCGCCCCCGCACACAACUUCCUGCUGAGGCGAGACGCUCCUCUCCAGAUCAGUAACUGCCUCAGUGAACUAGGAGUGUUUGGAGCAUAUGUCAGGCAGGGUAAAGACAUGGUGAUGAACGAGUGCGUGGGCCAUCUGCUGAGGACCAAGAGCUCGGAGCACUCGGACGGAGGCGUAGCAGCAGGGGUCGCCGUGCUGGACAAUCCUCUCCUCGUCUGACACCUUCCUACUUUCUGGGCUUUCACCCAAAAAAAAAAAAAAAAAUAUGCACAAAUGCACAAUGACGAAAUCAAGGUGGCACAUUUGAGUCACAUUUUAACUUUGGCUGCUACAGUGUGAAGACGAGGCUGAGCAGAUGUGUAAUUUAUUGUGACGUGGAUCAGGUUCAGUUGUGGCUCACAUCCCUGGAGGAUGAUUCAGGUCUCCUCCUGCUAUCAGAGCUGAUGCAGUAGACAAACGUGUAUGAUUUCUGAUGUAGCCUGGUGUUUUAUAGCGACAGCGACUCCAAAGAGAGGACCAAUUCUCAAAUACAACCUCAAGUGCUUUAGAUAGUUAUAAAACUUAAAGCCAGUAAGUGAUUAAAAACAUAAUUUUAACAUAAAAAUAUGCUCAGUUCAGUAAAUUCAAGAAGUCUCCUUAUAUGAAGAGACGAUCAGUUCUUUGUUAAAUGCAAAAUGAAUCAUAAAUUAUCUCUUAAUUUGUCAUUUUAUGAGAGUAGAUUUUUAAAAAUAUUUUAAUUAAAAGCCUCAGUGUCUCUCUUUAAGGGACAUGAUCUUCUUUCCUUUACUGGAACAUUUCUGUUCAGCUUCACGUUAGAAAUAUGGUGUGUGGGUCUAAACCACCAUAUUAUGUCGGUCUUCUGUUACUACAUCUUCACUGAGGUUCUUCUAAAGCGGUGUAGACACUCUGUGUUAAAGCUGUUUCAGAAAUCAAGAACAUCUUACAACAUAUUUCAGCACAGUUCAACACCACUGCAGCCUCCAGGCAGCUUUCUGACAGUUUUAAUGUUCGGUUUUUGAUUCUGUGUAAUUUAUAUAAUUGGAAAGUUGGAUGUUUUUCAGGCUUAGUCAUCGUGUGUUUUCAUGUUUUAUAUGGUUUUGUGGUUGCUCCAGUUUGACUCUCUUUUCAAGAGCACUUUGGCUUUUAUCAGGAGUUUUGACAUCUUGCAUAAAAACAGAACAAUCAUCAUGAUGGCAAAAACUCUAAAAGUAAAAGCCCAGGUUAACAGGAAUAACAGGAAUACUGUGCACUGCUAGUUUUUAAAAGAAAGUAUAGAAAAAAUCAAGUGUCCUUAAGCAGCCGGUUUUUGUUGUUCCAUCAACUGAUGGGCUUUAUUUUCUUAUUUUUAUCAGCUGAACUGUGCGAGUGCUUUAAUGGUUGAGACAGACGACUAACACAAACUUUACUUUCACAUGACUUCACAUUGAUGAGAACAGAUGAUGCUUGAAGCUGGGUGGUGAACUGUACAUGUAAUUAUGCAGAAAGUAAUAAUACUAAUGCUACUAUUGCUACCGCUACAGUAUUUCUAGUAUUACUACUAUAGAUAAUAAUAAUCAUAAUACUCAUUAUUAUAAUAAGAAAAAUAUAAAAAAGUAUGUAUUUUUUUACAGUAAGGGAAAACAACUUAUGAAUGCAGGAGAUGUUUCAGUGACAGUGGAUUUCUUUUGACAGAGAAAUGUCAAAGCUGAGCCACUCCAGCUGUUACCAUGAAUGAUAUUUCUAUUGAAAUGCAGCAACAGAAAGUCAAAUAUCUCAUCAUCAAAGUUUCAGGGUCAGAAUCACACACCACAGCUGCCCCCUCUGCUCGACUUACAGGCCAAACUUCACAAGUCAUUCACUCACUAAUUUUGACCUCUUGUGGUGCAUUCUGGGGUUAAUACUGUAAUUGAAAAUUGAAAGAUAUGAUGAAGAUGAUGAAUAAAAAAUGGUCAGUCGGUGUCAAAUUAAA